CUAAAUCUCCACAGGUCCUGCCAUGGUCUUUUUCUCACAUCUUUGAAGUCGCACAAAAGCUCGGGAAGCAAGAAAGAGGGUGAAGCUUCCCUCUAUAAAUACAUCCUCUCCCCAACCUCUUCUUGCUUCAAAGCAAUCUUAUUUUUCCUUGUCGUCUUACUUUGUCCUCUCCCCCUUCCUCUCUUCUUCCCUUUGAAACAGAGUAGGGCAAUACAGAGGAAGGAACGGAGGGUGGAGACGUCCAAUCAAGAUCCAGAAAUCUGUUGCGUUAUUCCAAGAAUCGAUUCAAGAAUCUAAACUGCUUUCCGUCUUUUUGUUGGUGUAAGCAAGAAAGCGAUAAGAAAGGAAGCUUUUUUGUUGGAGGUGAGGGGAGGAGGGAACAGGGGAAGAACAGGGGAGGGGGAGAUAUGAAGGAGGUGUGGACCUCCCUGGCCUCGAUCAUGGGCGUGUUCGCCUUUUUCCAGAGCAUUCUCCACGCGGUGUUCCCGCCGGAACUGUGGUUCGCGGCGGCGAAGCUGUUCCACCGCCUGUUCCGCUGCUUCUCCACGUACUGCUACUUCGACAUCACGGAGACGGACGGCGUGAACACCAAUGAGCUGUACCACGCGGUGCAGCUGUACCUCAGCCGGUCGGCCUCCAUGGCGUCCUCCCGGCUGAGCCUCUCCCGCGGCCUCAACUCCUCCGCCUUCACCUUCGGCCUCGCCAACAACGACCGCCUCGUGGACAGCUUCCGCGGCGCCAGCGCCACCUGGGAGCACGCCGUCACGCAGCGCCAGUCGCAGACCUUCUCCUGGAGGCCGCUUCCUGAGGAGAAGCGCAGCUUCACCCUCCGGAUCAAGAAGAAGGACAAGCCCCUCCUCCUCCCGGCGUACCUCGACCACAUCAUGGAGACCGCCACCGAACUCCGCCGCCGGAACCAGGACCGGCUGCUGUACACCAAUUCCCGCGGCGGCUCCAUGGAGUCCCGUGGCUUCCCGUGGGAGUCAGUCCCCUUCAAGCAUCCAAGCACCUUCGACACCCUCGCCAUGGAUCCCGCGAGGAAGGAGCUCAUCAUGGCCGACCUCAACGACUUCGCUCAAGGGAAGGCCUUCUACGAGAAGACCGGCCGGGCAUGGAAGCGCGGAUACCUGCUCUACGGCCCGCCCGGCACUGGCAAGUCCAGCAUGAUCGCUGCCAUGGCCAAUUACCUCGGCUAUGACGUCUACGACCUCGAGCUCACUGAGGUGCACACCAACUCCGAGCUCCGGAAGCUCCUGAUGAAGACCACCUCCAAGUCGAUCAUCGUCAUCGAAGACAUCGACUGUUCCGUCAAUCUCAGCAACAGGAGCUCCAAGAAGCCGGUCCCGCCGUGUGAGCCGCCAUCGGACUUGAGACCCACCGGCGGGACGGAGGACGGCGGCGGCGCCGCCAGGACAAUAACCCUGUCGGGGCUGCUCAACUUCACCGACGGGCUGUGGUCGUGCUGCGGCAGCGAGCGGAUCUUCGUGUUCACCACCAACCAUAUCGAGAAGCUCGACCCGGCGCUGGUGCGGUCGGGGAGGAUGGACAUGCACGUGUUCAUGAGCUACUGCUCGUUCCUGGCGCUGAAGAUCCUCAUGAAGAACUACCUAGGAUGGGAAGACGGCGAGCAGAACGACGAACUGAUGUGGGAGUUGGCGGAGGUGGUGGACGAGGCCGAGAUAACUCCGGCGGAUGUCAGUGAGAUCCUGAUAAAGAACCGGAGGCGGGAGAGGCGCGAGGCGGCGGCGGAGCUGCUGGAGGCUCUGAAGGCCCGCGUCGAGCGGAGGAAGAAGGAGAGGAAGAGGGGUUUGAGCGAGCAGGUGGUGGAGGAGGAGGAAGAGCAGGAGAAGAGGGCAUUGGAGAGCCCCAAGGAGAGUACUGGACAAUUGAUGCACAGUCGCAAUGCAAAAGAAGACAAGGGGGCAGAAGAAGAUUGAUGGAGUCCAUUAAUCUCAACAUGUGAUCCAUGGUUCACAUCUUGCUCUCCAAUUGCCAUGUAAAAGAAGACAAGGAGGAAGAAGAGGAGGGGGAUUGAUGAGCUACUUUGAUCUCCCAACAUGUUAUCCAUGCUUACUACUACUACUACGACUACUGUGCUUCACAUCUUGCUAUAUAUCCAAUGGCCAAAGCUACUA